AUGAGGAGAUUUUUGGUUGAGUCAGAACCAGAACCAUCUCCGCCUAAUGUGGUUAAUGAGUUUAACCCAAAUGAGAUUGUGCGUGAUCCAUGUCGUAGGAAACAAAUUAAUGAGUAUGCUCCGGAUAUUCAAGAUCAAGUGAGGAGGACAUAUAUAUUGAAAGGUCCAAUGCAACCAGAAUUGUCAAGCUUUCCUCGUACUCCAUUUGGAAGUGUUAAAAGAGCAUUUAGUAAAUCAUGGUAUAAGAAUUAUACAUGGUUAGAAUACAGUGAGAUCAAGGAUGCAAAUUAUUGUUUUUAUUGCUUUCUUUUUAAGAAACCCGGGAGGGCCGAGCACUUUGGUUUUGAAGUCUUCACUAAAAGCGGAUAUAAAGAUUAG